UCACACAAGAGGAUUGGUACAUCGUGGCCGGAGCCCAGGAAGACGGAUGGCUUGCCGACGACGAGAGCUUCGGAUUCGGCUUUGAACUGAACACGCCGAACACGAGGACCGCCUCCUGCCGUUGGGAUCCGAGCAACUGGGCCUAUGAGGGGACUGCUUGCGCGUGUGAGAGCACUGGUAUGCAGCUUCCAAGCCAAGCUUGGGUCUCUCCACUGCUGGUGUCGUGCGCCGGCAGUUGUGAAUUGCGGGCACGCAUGUUCCGCGUCUGCUAUUUUGCGAGUGCUUGGUAUGGUGAACGCUCUCUAACUUGUACUGCACGUCGAACAGCGUCGAGAGGGCGAUGUAUACCUACAUGUCAGGCAGAUCUCACCGGGCAGCACAAACCCCGCCCACCUCAAUUGAUAUACGCCUCCAACCUGCAGCCCAGCUCGGCCGUAUCUCUCCCGCCUACUGCACGAGCUCGUCCUGCAAUCCGCGAUACGCCAAGCGGGUUGAGUAGGCCUGAUCUCCACUCUCGCUCGUGAGAUGGUGGCCCGCCUGCAAUUCCCAUAGGCCUCACCACCAC